UCUCCACGACCAUGGCAAAGCUCCAAUCUUUGUUGGCUGCCCUCUUGGCGGGCUCGUCCAUCCUCGGCGGUGUCCUGGCCCAUCCGGGCGAGACCCACUCCGUCCAGAAGGUCAAGAAGAGCAUUGCCGAGCGAGACCUUGCGAUUGCCCAUUCCAAGCGCGUCACGCAACAGUGCGCGGCCAAGCCCAAGCACCGCUCCCUCCAGGCGCGGUCGGCUGCUCGCCGGUCGAUGACGGCUCAGCUCCUCCGCGAGAAGCGUGGCAUCGUCGACAAGCCCAUGAUUGCGCGUCGCGACCAAGACGCCCUCGACGCCUGGCUCAACACGUGCCACGACCAGGGUGCCUCGGUCGAGUAUGAACUCUCCACUGAGGAGUCGGUCAUCUUCACGUCCAACGCGACGACGGCACUUACGCCCGAGACCAUCAUCGGGCCGUACUUUGUGGCGGGCGAGCACAUCCGCAGCAACAUCACCGAGGGCCAGGCCGGGGUGCCGAUCCACCUGGACAUCCAGUUUAUCGACAUCGAGACGUGCGAGCCCGUGCCCAACAUGCUCGUCGACGUGUGGCACUCCAACGCCACGGGCUCGUACUCAGGCGUCGGGGGCGCCGGCCAGGGCGACCUCAACACCACCUUCUGCCGCGGCGUGCAGUCCACCGACAAGGACGGCGUCACCCAGUUCGACUCGAUCUACCCGGGCCACUACGUCGGCCGCACCAUCCACAUCCACGUCGUGACCCGGCGUGGCGGCAAGAUCCUCCCCAACGGUACGUACACCGGCGGCACUGUCAACCACAUUGGCCAGAUCUAUUUCGACCAGGAGCUCAAUGACGCAGUCGAGAGCCUGGAGCCGUACAUUUCCAACACGGCCCAGCGGACGACCAACGUGGGAGACUUCUUGACAGCCGACGAGGCGACGGCGGACUACGACCCGUUCCUCGACUACAUCCGGCUCGGCGACGACGCCAACGACGGCCUGCUCAUGUGGAUCACGAUCGGCAUCAACACGACGGCCGACUACGACGACAUGGCCAUGGAGGCGGCGCACCUGUACAAGGAAGGCGGCAAGAGCAGCAACGGCGGCAUGGGCGGCAUGCCGCCAUUCCCGGCCAACUUCACCGGCUUCCCGCCCGGCGUGCCGUUCCCCACGGGGGCCUUCCCGCCUGGCAUGCCGUUCCCGACUGGUGGGUUCCCCGGGUUCCCGACGGGGGCGGGGGGCGCGCAGGCUACUGCUAAGCCGUGGGGUCCGUGCUUGAGGAAGACGAAGGAUGAUAAGAAGGAGGAGCCGGAGGACAAGCCGGAGUGAAGGGAGUCGGGUUGGGGGAAGCUUUUGGUGUGAUAUGUUCGAUUCAACCGCGUUCGCGUGGGGUCGGUGUGAUUUAGGUCUGCCUUCUUCAAAUCUCUUCUGGGGCGGGGACAAGGUCUACGACUAGAUAGUGG